GUGGAUUGGGAUUGGAUAAAUUCUUUAUCAUUUGUUAACAUUGCAAAACGUCAGCAGUAACACUCGUACGUCCCUACGUUCCUCCCUAUUUUGGACUGUGUCUGAGAUAAAAAUCUGCUCUACAAGCACAUUGGAGAUCACUGCACUACCGAGACGAUCAAUGUGAACAUGAUCCCAAUUCUCGCAAUUCUUGCUGCUCUUUCCCUCGGGGUCUCCGCCCAGGGAAACUGUAAUCCCACCACCAACUGUCGGCUUCCCAACUGUCGUUGUUUUUUGGAACCCACUGUUCCCGGGGGUCUGAAUCUGACCGAUGUCCCCCAGUUAGUAGUUUUGACCAUGGACUAUACCCUCAAUGAGGAAUACGAACCCCUGUAUGAUCAGAUCUUUGUGGUCAACAACCCUAACGGCUGUGAAAUUAGGGGAACCUUCUUUAUCCAGAACCAAGGAUCGAAUCUCGGGCUGGUCAAGCGUUACUUUGAUGGAGGGUUUGAAAUCGGGGUCAACUCUAUAGAUGGAACUAUUCCUGUCACAGAGGGAGACAUGAUCAAUAUGAUGAGAAACGUGAAGCAAGAAUUGAAUACAGCGGGAAUCAGCGAAGUAGCCGUUAAAGGUGUACGACUGCCGCAGCUAUCGACUUCCGGAAAUACAGAAUUUACUGCCAUGGGUAACACUGGUUACAUGUACGAUGCCGGCUGCGUUACAAAUCAGUAUGACCAACAAUUGAAUUACAAAUGGCCGUUCACGUAUGAUUUCCCUCCAACUGAGAAUCUGUGUACCACUGGGACAUCUCCCACCCUCGAAUACCCAGGUAAAUGGCAGGUGCUUGUAGCCGACUUGACGUGGAAGGAUAGCAAAUGUCCUUCACCAGCCGGAUGUCCCGAGGUAGGCACUAAAAAGGACGUGUUUGAUCUUCUUUACAACAACUUUGCCUCGCACUAUGAAGGCAACAAGGAACCCUACGUUCUUGUUCUGGAUCCUGCCUGGAUGAAGACGGAUUAUAAACUAGAGGGUACUGUGGAGUUCGUUGGAUACAUAAGGUCGGCUUUUGAUGAUGUGUGGAUUGUAACUGUUGACCAAAUGUUGCAGUGGGUCCAGACUCCCACUAAAAAGGCAGACCUCAACGACUUCAUACCAUUCAAGUGUUAAGUCAUACCCGUGCAAUAUCAAAUUGCUUUAUAUAUGGAUCAUUAUCAACUACAUCUCAAUUCCAUGCGUUUAAAAUCCGAAAAAAUAAAAAAUAAAGUACAGU